UUGUAAAGUGAAGUUAUAAAUGCCUCUCCAGCUUGCAUUGUAUAGAAGCCUCCGGCCACUAAAACAAAGGACCGGUCCCGUGCCCGCCCGGCCACUGACUUGGGAAUAUCGCCGGCAGUCUUCCCUCUUCCCCACAUCUUCCCCUCAUCGUCAUCAACCGGCGCCACCAGACAUUGAUUUACUUUGCUUCGGCUGUUAAUUCUAAUAUCUGGUCUAUGCGCGUCGUCGUACAAGCAUUUCACCUGGUUCUCGAACAGAAUGGCGCCCACCAACGCCGGCGAAAGUUCAACCGUCCGGCGCUCUACCCGGCUCGUGGCGCCAUCGGCGUGCGAGGCAUGCAGGAAACUUAAGUCAGAUGCGGUGCACUCGGACCAAUACUCUCGACAACUCAUCGUGCGAUCGCUGCGUGCGCAACCAUCGCCCCUGCCGGAUUCCUCCAGCGCGGCCUCUGGGACGCAGACCCGGGGCGGUGGGCCGCUUUCAAGGCAUCGAGAAAGCAUACCGCAAAAUCCAGGCAGAACUCAAGAAGGGACCGGCCUCGAUGCCUAAGGCUGCCACGCCAAACAACACCCAGUUAUCGAGCCCCAGCGUAUGCGAGCCGGAUGGUGGGCCCAUUUCGGCCAGUCCCUUGAAUGACUCCUCCCAGAUUCCCUCGGAGGGUGUCCCGGAUGGCCCCUCCCAACCCAUCAGCAAUCCCCUUGCGUUGCUUGCGGACGCAUCUGAAGCUGUGCACGCGAAUGCCUCUCAAGCAUCAAAGGACAAUACCCACGAAGGAAGAGGGGGGGAUCUACUAUCUCGUCCCGGAUGUUUCUCGUUGGGUCUUCAGCUCAGUCGAGAGAGUCUGGAAAUUGGUCUAGACGCGCUCUUUGCUACCUCAUUCAAGCCUAGGCGAAGCUCAGACUACUUCAAACCGCCCGAUCCCAGCGCUUUUCGGGAUGUUGGACCUGAUCUUGAUCCAGUUGAUCUAGGAUUGGUGACCGUGGAAGAAGCCCACUUUCUCUUUCCGAUUUACUUUGCUCGACUGCACCCUGUCAACGGCAUCUUGGAUCCCUUACUGCACACCCCGGAAUACGUCCGGUCGCGGUCCGCUCUCCUCUUCACCUGGAUCCUGGCUCUUACCGCGCAGUUCGCAAGCACUCAGUCCUCAUUAGCAAAGCGACUGCAAUUACACGGGGAGAAGCUUUCCCGACACGUGCACACCUGUGGAUUGAAAUCGGUCGAGAUCGUCCAGGGGUAUUACAUUUCCUUACUGUCCGCGACCCCAGCGAAAACGUUAGCCGAGGAGAGAACUUGGCUCUACACCAUGUAUGCAUUUGGGACCGCCGCUGAACUUGGGUUAGAUCAGCACUCGAGGUCGCGCGGAGGGGUCUUGGUGACAUCCGAUGAAGAACAAGCUCCCCAUGAUGUUGAGGUUCACCUUGAAAAGCAAGACCUACGAUUCCCAUCGGCUGUUGGCAAUGAAGAUCACACUGAGAGCACAAAUUGCCAACGGCUUACCAGAAAUCGAGAACGCACUUGGUUUCGGAUACUACUCUGGGAGCGAGCAAACAGCGCUGCGCGUGGCCGCAUCAACCCUAUUCCUGACACGAAGCUCAUCGCGGGCAUUGACACCUGGUGGAAACAUCCGGCAGCUGAUGCAGCCGAUAAGCAUACGUGUGCUUUUAUCCUGCUGCGCCGGCAUUUGGCUUCAAUUCAUGCCGAAUUGCAAGCGCAGGCUGCCGCUCCGCCGGACGAUCCGCACUGGAUGAAAAGACUCGUCGAUGAGAGGCUUGAGGGGUGGUGUGAUGAGUGGCUUCCCGUUCCAUACAAUGUCCCCGAACAGUCCGAGCAACUUGCCUCGAUAUUCCUCUAUUAUGUGUACUUGCACAAUCGACUUUGGAUUCUGUCAUUUGCUCUUCAAGCGUCGGAGAGCCGUAACGGCAAUAGACACAUCGAGGCCAUCCGACAGGACUGCCUUCAAGCGGCGGUUCAUACCUGCGAGGUUGCAGUCCGCGACCUGCAAAUGGUCGGCGAGCCUUUGUAUUGCAUGCUCGCACCCACUUGGGCGAUGAUCUCCUACGCUGCAGUCCUAGCAUUGAAGCUUUUUCCUCAGGUGCAUGGUACCCAACCGGGAGGGGAUAUCGAGCUGCUCGCUCUUUUAUCGCAGGUCUCCUUGCAGCUGGAGCGCGCCGGGACCACGCCGCCCCAUCGCUUUGGUAUCGCGGCUUUACUGGGAGAGCACCUCCUGGGAAUUCUGCGGACUAAGGCUGCAUCGGCGAAGGGUGCUCAGCACAGGGCGGUAGAACUUUCCCUGCCAAGCUCGGGCAAUCUGGCUAUCUAUAAUGCGCAAGAAUCAGUCUCCGACCCCUGGUUCACAGACGCCUCAGCAGCGAUGAGCUACGACUUGACUGGUGAUAGUUUCGGUGAUUUGUUUCGGGAGAUAUUUGGUCCAGGCUUUGCCGAUUCGUUCUAAUCGCAUCCCUGGCGAUGAGCGGGUAACACCGAAACACCUGGGAAAAAGCCUGUUCAGACACAUGUGCAGAUGAUAAAGGUCCGAAUCAAGGCACAAUGGAUACCUCACGCAUCCACCGCAUUUAUAGAGUGCCACAUCCUGCUACAAUCAUGCUCUGACGGAUCUAUCUCGUGGUUGGCUGCAAUUAAGUUUGAUUGAGCAGGUUUCAAGAUGAGCAGGUUGACUAGUACCUGUCGGGCCUCGAAAUCACGGUGGUUGGCAAGGUUUUCGCGCGUGAUAUAUUGAUUCCAAUUCAAGAGUUAUGUGUACGAUGAGCAAGAUCGACACAAACCUCGGCUGAGAAAAUCAAUUCCUUACCUGUU